UUACUCGGAAACAAGAGGAAGGGCAAACAAACAGCUUGAGAUUGAUUGUAUGUAAAACUUUCUAACUGUAAGUAUAUUACAUUUUCACAGGGAGUCAUACAUGGAGUGCGGACAAUAAUCAAAGAAUGCAAUUAACAUGGCGGAGGCGUUAAACAGAACGGAGCGAGAAUUUCUAUUGAAUUGUGGGAUAUGCGGAGGGAGGUUGACGGAUCCGCGUAUUUUAGACUGCCUGCACUCUUUCUGUAAAGAAUGUCUUGUUAUUAAACAGGAACAAGCUACAAAAAAAGAUGUCGUUAUUUGCGAACUUUGCGGAACUCACACACGUUUGUCCAAUGAUUCUAUUGACUCCCUGACGACCAACAUCUUUGUAACGAACAUAGGAAGAGUGGAGGAGAUCACCAACUCCAACUGCAGUUUUUAUUGUACUUUCUGUGAAGACCAGGGUGACUGGGAAGAGGCGUCAUCUCGAUGUUUGACCUGCGGUGAUUGGCUGUGUCUGGCGUGUGCCGGGCGUCACUGCGGCACCACCGUCACCAAGCGUCACAAGGUGGUGACGCUUGACGAUGUAAGAGUAGACCCCCAACACAGGCCAGAGCUCCGAAAACUAUGUGAGUCAAAAUGCAUUUCUCACGAUGAAAAAUUACGAAAAUUUUGUUCAAAGUGCGAAACACCUGUAUGUUCUGAAUGCGAACAUUCCGACCACAAAAACCAUACAUUUAAACCUUUGGAAGAUGUUGUUGAAGAGGUACAGGACAGUUUGUCUAAUGCACUUGAAAUGUACAAAGUUAUAGAAGAAUGUGAUGGCGAAUCCGAUAUGCAGAUGGUUAAGAGAUUUCAGGAGGUGACAAACAGAGAGAAAACUCUUCUGCAGAUUGUCCACAGUGCCCGUGAACGUCUGAUUCAAGAAAUACAACAGCAAGCAACUGCUGCAGAAUUAGCCAUAUCUCAGCCAUUUGAGGCUGUGAAAAUGCUCUUAUCAGAAUCGAUGGAAUUAGAAAAGAAACGUUCCGAAAGCACACAGAAAUCGCGACUGUUCUGUGAAAAGCUUCAACAAGAGGGCCUAAAUGGAGAGUGCGUCCAUUUUAGAGAUUUGCUUCUGAGAGUAAAAAAGGUCGACCGUAAAAGAGCGCAACUUGAAUUUCCGCCCAUGCCUGAAAUAAACGUCAACGUUAACGAGUUGUCUUUCCCCAAAAUUUUCAGUGUGUCGGUGUCUGAGCAGAGACCUGUUAGUCCAGUGGAGAUUCCCAGAGUUAGGAGCCCUGUUGUCAUGACAGGAUCAGUGAAUGAAAGGCUCCAGGAAAAUAUCUACACACGACAAAGGGGAAAUAACGCUGAACGCAUCCCAACACCAGAGGCCAGGGGUGACAAACCCAAAACAGAUUUCCCACAGAGGGGCGCUGCAGGAGACGUUCACCAAUCGCAUCCACAGGAGGUUGAAUUUGAAGGGUCUGCGGAUGAGGAUUCUGAUGUUGAAGAAACUGAAGAUGAAGAUGAUUUAUUGGACACAAGUGACAACGACCAGAUGAGCGAUGAUGCAGAAAACAAUGCAAGCCGUCCUUCAUUUAAUGUGCCAGUUGUGCCUAGAAAGAAUGCAAAAACUGUUGAUGACGAGGGCAUUAUUGCAACAUUAAAUGUCAAUGACUCUCAUAUCGUUUUGCUAUCUACUGAACAUGAUAAAAACCCACCCGAAAUUUUCGACAUAGCAUGGAUAACAGACACGGAGUUCGCCGUCGGUGACAAAGCUAAUGAAAGAAUAAAGGUGUUCCGAGAUAAAAAGUUUCUCUGGCAGAAGGACAUACAAGAGGGUUCGAUCGAGAGGAUAGCUUGUGUUGAUGGCGUGAUUGCAUCGGACUAUCCAUCUGGUGUAAAUCUGAAUAUAAGACAUGAAUCUUUUACCAGUAUUUACUGCCAUUCCACAAACCGAACAAAUCCAUUUCCGAUAGCAAAGACCAAUGGGAAAGAAGUGAUUAUAGGAAACGCCGAUUUUUCUGAUCUUAGAUGUUACACUACAAAAGGGAAGAGAAUCCGAUACCUGCCAUUGGGAAAGAAAUUGAAAAUAAACUACAUUACUCAAAAUGAAAACAAAACGUUAUUUUUUACGGAAAAAAAUUCUACCAUCGUAAAGAAAUUCCAGGAGGGACAAGGUAUAAGUAAAUUCUUUGACGGGCUACCCGGCGGCUGGGUUCCGGAAGGCGUGGCCACUGACUCCGAGAACAACGUGUAUGUUUCUGACAGCGCAGGCAGCAACAUCGUCAAACUGUCCCCCCAGGGGAAGCUGCUCGGUAUCCUGGAGGUCCACCCGACCAGUCCUCGAGGCAUGUCGAUUUCCCGCCAAAAUCAGUUGCUGGUCUGUGAUGGAGAAGGGAGAGCGUGGCUAGUGCACAUCUGAUUGUCACGUGUUCCCCCGUAAGCUAGUCACUGAGUCAUUGAUUCUAUUGUUUGUUGUUGAGGGUUUGUUGAUAGUAAAUUAAAAGUAUUUUAGCCAGAUGACUAUUUUUUUUUUUUAAAUUCAGCAAUUUCAUUGACAAUCUGGAUUAUUAUAUUGUGUACAAUCUUUAGGUACCCUUAAGGAAAAUAAUCUGAUUUAUUGUAAAUUCCUUUGUUACUACCAUUUGAACAGUAAUAUUUGAUUUAAAAGUCGUAAAAAAUUUAUUGCUUCCUUUGGUUAUCUAGCAGACUUAGAGAGUAGUUUUUGUUAAGCAGGAGAACCUUUAAAUGUACAAAAAUGACACUCGAGUCUGGAUUAUGGCGUUUAUAAGAGCGCAACACUGUUGGCUAUAUUUUGAAAAAUGUAAUCGUUGUCAUGAUUUUUGUUUAAAUACUUAUAUUAAUACUUUAACUGGUUGCUGUAUUUGUUAUUUUGAUUUAGGUCAAGAAUAAUACACGUUAAUACCACGUUAGUCUUUUUUACCAGAGUACGCAUGCUCGACUCCAUAGUAGGGGAUUCUGGGAAUACUGUAUUACUGUAGAUAAACUGUACCAUUUGAAUUUCGUUUUAUCAUCUUCGCAUGAAGUUUUGUGUUUUAUUGUAAAUGUCAAAAGUAACAGAAGCUUAAGUCUUAUAAUGCAAAGUGAAGAGAAAUAUUAUAAAAAUAGCUAGCUUUAUCUUAAGUACCUUCAAGCUCGGAAGACAACCUCGAUGUUUUCCUAACUUGCCGGAAAGACCCGAGAAGAUACGAUUGCUACAAAACAGUACCAAUGAUUCUUAAAAAUGUUUAACUCGAAAUUGAAAUUACAGUAGAUACAUAAUGAUUAAGGUACAGUUAAUGAGCUAUGCCAUUGCUGAUGUGACGACCAUUCUAGGUUCACAGUUCUAAAUUGAGACCCCACUCCAGCACAAUUCCAGUACACCACUGUGCCUUCCUAUUGUUAAUUAAUCGAUUCAGAAAUUUUUACCAAUGUUUUAGAAAUCUGCUUCUGUGUUUUAUGAUGGCUAAAGCGCUAGAUCACCAAUCUUUUAAAAAGAUAAGCUUGUAGCUAUACUAGUAUGAUUUGUCAAAUAAAGUCCACCUUAACCCCCCCCCCCCCCCUCCCCUAACUUUUCCGGAAAUGGACCAAAUACUCUUGAAAACUAUUAUAUCAUAUCAGCCUAAGUUUUGAGAUGCUUACAUGUAAAUCCCAAUGACCAAAUCUCCCCUGCAACCAUGCACUAAGAGUAAAAGAAAUAUUGAAAACUUUUCAAAACUAUUGAAAGUGUAUUGUAACAUUUUCAUUCAUUUCAUCUCCGUAUCCACAAGUGUUUGUAUCGAUAGUUUUGAUUGGAUAAAAUAUUAUGCUAUUUUGUGGUGAUUGUCUUUCUUGUCAAAGAACAUAAUAUGUAUUUCGUUUACUGUUAGCAAUAUUAUUUAUUUUUAGAAUAAAAUUUUACGUUCGUUUUUACGUUUGAAACACAUGCACCUGGCGUUAAAUAUUUUUCUCAUAAUAAAAACAAAUACCCUAUAUAUAUGAUAACACACCCUUGUGUAUUAUUAGAUACAGAGUAUAUAUAUUUAUUAUGAGAAAAAUAUAAAGUCACUUGCCUGUGUUUUGAAAAUCAUUAUUUUAUGUUGAUUUUUUAAAUACCUGCAAAUUUUAUGUAUUAAGGUAUGUAAACACGAUAUAAGGGAUAUACUUUUUCACCUGUUUAACCGAGAUAUAUACCUUGUGCAUAAUUUGGACUGUAGACUUUGUCACACAGUGUGCAUUAACAGCUAUUUUAUAACUUAAUUUGUUAAUAGUAUUUAUUUUUUCAUAAAAAAUAACCAAUGUUUAAGGCAUUAUUUACAGUCAACGGGGUCUAAUCAAUGUGACAGAAAUGAGAAAAUAAAUCAGCUCGCUACGU